CCGAACCAUGUUUUCUCUGCCUUUUCUUUUAUCGCGUUCGUCAUGUGCGCAGUGCCCGCUUACUGGCACCUGGAAGCUUGGAACACGGGCACCCUCCUGUACAUGUUUUGGACGGGAGUUCCGGUCCUCAACAUGUUCAUCAACUCCAUCGUUUGGGAUGGGAACGCGUUGAACUCGGCGCCAGUAUGGUGUGAUAUCUCCUCCCGCAUCAUCAUCGGUUCGAAUGUCGGUAUCGUUUUGUCGUCCCUUUGCAUCAACAGGCGUCUUUACAAGAUCGCGUCGGCCAAGAGCGUGGUGAACACGGCGGAGGACAAGCGCAGGGCGAUCAUUAUUGAUCUCGCGAUAGGUCUUGGUAUACCGCUCAUUCAGCAGGUCAUGUACGUUAUCGUCGAGGGUCACCGCUUCAACAUCGUCGAGGACGUCGGCUGCUGGCCGGCCCCCUACGUGACCCCUGUCGCGAUUGCCCUUAUCUUCACUUGGCCGGUUGUCAUCGGAAUGAUCUCCAUUACUUACUCCGCCAAGACGGUCCUGCUGCUCUAUAGGCAUCGCCGGAACUUCAAGAGUCUUAUUCAGGCCAGCCACAACCUGAACAGCUCUCGUUACAUUCGCCUGAUGUGUCUCGGCGGCAUCGAGAUACUCACUCUUCCAUUUGCCGCCUGGGCCCUCGCAGUCAACAUCCAGGACGGAGUCUUCCCCUGGAUCUCCUGGGCGGACACGCACUCUGAUUUCGGCCGCGUCGUACUCAUUCCCGCCGUACUGUGGAGGUCCGACUCCCUCAGCGUGAUGAACUUCGAGAUAUACCGGUGGUUCCUCGUCCUGGCCGCGUUCGUGUUCUUCUCGUUCUUCGGGUUCGCGGAUGAGGCGAGAAAACACUACCGCUUGGUCUACACUUCCGUCGCGAGCAGGCUCGGGUACUCCACCGCUUCGAUGUCGUCUACAGGGUCUUCUUCUGGG